GUGACGGGUGGCAAUUUCCUUUUGGCCAAAAGGGAAAGAAGGAAGGGACUUGGCCCUGGCCUGCGGGCACUCAGAGGGAUGACCAUCCCAGCCUCGCGAUUGGUUCUGGUCUCCUCUUCCGGAGAGACUGCAGCCCCGUUUCCCUCCCUUUUCCUGGCUUGGGCCCACCCCUCGCCUCGGUCCGCCUAGGGCUGGGGCUCUAUCUUUCAAUUGCGAGGAGGGGGGAGGAGCCGGCUGCUGCUGCUGCUCCUGCUGCUGCGCGGGUUCGGGGCUCGGGUUCCGGGCUCCUGGGCCCGGCCGCGGACCAUGGCAGAUCCGGGGGUCAGCUGCUUCCUCACCAAACUCUUGUGCGAGAACAAGGCGGGCUCCUCAGACGUCCGGCAUUUGAGCCAGAAGAUCGGCUGGUCGGAGGCGCAGCUGAACCAGAUCCUCCAGGACGCCGGGCCCGAGCGCUUCUUGCUGGUGGAAGACGAGGACCCCACCGUGGCCGUGGCCGUGGCCGUGAGCCCCUUGCGCCUUUGCGGCCACUACCUGCGGGACGAAUGUGACGGCUGCGAGCGGCUACACAUUUGCAAACUGUUCAUUCAAGAUAGGUGCAGGUAUAAGAAGCAGGGGUAUAAGUGCAGAUUUUCCCAUGAUAUUCAUUUGCCUGGAAAUAGCAAAAUCUUGAAAAAUAAUGCUCUUUUUGGCAUUAAUGAGUCGGAGCUCAAAGUCCUGCUUUUUCAGAAUGAUCCUUCCCUUUUGCCUGAGAUCUGCUCCUUCUACAACAGAGGCGACGGGCCCCAUGGAUCCUGCAACCUCCAGGAUAAUUGCACCAAGCUCCAUGUUUGUAAACACUUCAUCUGGGGGGAGUGUAGGUUUCAGAAGUGCAAGAGAUCUCAUGAUCUACAUGCGGAAAAUGUGUUGAAGUUGCUGAGGGAACAAGGUCUGAGUCCCUCUGCUAUCUUAAACAUCCAGAGAAUCUGCAAGUAUAAGCAUUCAGAGAUCUGCAAGUCCUUUGAGAAGAAGAAAGAUAAACGAUCUGAGACUGCUUCUACAAGCAAUGAGAAGUCAAAAAACAGUGAGAUUUGCCUUUACUACAUCUGGAAAUUCUGCAAACAAAAAAAUAAUUGUAGGAAUAUUCAUUACAAGUUACCUUACCGAUGGCAAAAGUUGGAGGGCACUGUUUGGAAUGAUCUUCCCAUGAUGGAAGGGAUUGAAAAAAUCUUUUGUGACCCAAAGAACUCUAGAUAUGUUUCCCCAGCCCCAUCUCCCUCUUCUCCCUCGUACAUCAGUUUCCUGUUCAACUUGGCCCUUGGUCUUCCGCCUUUUUUCCCAAAUGUUGGAGUCCAAAUGGGAGAUCUGGACAUCAAUUUUGAGACUAUGACCUGUGGUUUGAAUCAAGUGCGUCGUCUAUCUACCCCCUCCUCUGUCACCAAACCUUCCAAUAUUCUCUUAACCACAACAUGGCUCUGGUAUUGGCUGAAUGACAAUGGUCAGUGGAUUGAAUAUGGAACCCAGGGUGAAAAUCAUCCUACUUCUUCAGUAACAUCUGUAGAUAUAGAAACCGUAUUCCUUGCUGAUUCAUAUGCCACUGUAGACUUUCAAGCGGGACAUCAGUUCUAUGAAAUCAACUUCAAAGAAAUGGUUCAGAGAAAUUUGAUAUCCCAAACCAAAAGAAAAGUAUGUAGGAGGCCAAAAUUUGUAUCCCCUGAAGAUGUGGAUAAAAUAAGGAAACGUAACCAAGGAGAGGGGAGCCGGCCAGGUGCUUUCACUUUCUCGAUCCCUCCCUCCUGGGACAAAUCAGCUGUGCCAGAUGUUGGCUAUAAGCUCGUGAUGCUCAAUGAAACCUCUAAAGAAUUCAGUGAUGUCAAGAGCCAAUUUGAAAAGACAAUGACAGGUUUUGUCAUUGAACGCAUCCAAAGGAUUCAGAAUUUGGCCCUUUGGCAGGUCUUCCAAUGGCAGAAGGACCAGAUGAAAAAGGUGAAUGGAGGGAAGGAUGUGGAUGAACGACAUCUAUUUCAUGGAACGAAAUACAUCCAUUUGAAUGACAUCUGCAGUCAUAACUUUGAUUGGAGGAUCUGUGGGACCCAUGCAACAGUUUAUGGCAAAGGGAGUUACUUUGCAAGAGAUGCAAGUUAUUCCCACAAUUACUCGGAGUCUGAGACUAAUGUCAAAAUAAUGUUCCUGGCUCGAGUUCUGGUUGGAGUUUUCACUCAAGGAGAUUCAAAAUAUGUCCGGCCGCCAAUGCGACAGGGUACACAGAACACCUUUUACGACAGCUGUGUCAAUAACAGAUUGGAUCCCACCAUAUUUGUGAUCUUUGAAAAACAUCAGAUUUACCCAGAGUAUGUCAUAGAGUACACCGAGAAGAGUAAACAGUGUACCAUUAGUUAAGGCAAAAGAAGUCACUGUUUCCUUAAUGGAAUAAUUGUGUGUGUGUGUGUGUGUGUGUGUGUGUGAAAGAGAGAGAGUGUGAAUAAUAUCAAAGUAGCUUUUUUACCUUCCUGUUUUUAAGGAAAGCAGGAAGUGAUCAUCUGGGAGAGCAGUUACUCAGAGCCGAGUUGUGAAAGUCUUUUGUAACACAUAUGUUUAUGAAAAAUCGUAUGUAACAUAAUUUCCAGAAGUAGAAUCCUGUUUCAGAUGCACCUAAGUAGCUCACUAUUUAAAAGUAUGUAGCAUUUGAAUCAUGAUGCAAAGAGAAGACCAACAACAAACCUUUGAAGUACAGAAAGUCACUACCAAAUUUGUCUGUUUUCAAAGUUUGGGUUUUCAUGUGCAAGAUUUUCUUAAAAUGGAGGAGUUUGUUUUUGUUUUUUGUUUGUUUUGUCUUUUAGCUAGUGCACUGGGGCAGGGAACUUGUUUUAGUUACUCUCCAGUGUUUUGCAGAGCAGGAGAGCCAGGGAUGAGGAGUUUAGACAACCUGAUGAAUCAGUCAGCAAGCAUUUGUUAAGCUUCGGCUAUGUACCAGGCAAUGUGCUAAGUGCUAGGGAUACAAAGAAAAGUAGAAGACAGUCCUUUCUCUCAAGCUCACAGUCUAAUGGGGGAAACAACAUAAAAACAGCUGUACAAACCAGCUGUAUAGGGGAUAAAUUGGAAAAAUCAACUGAGGAAAGGCACUAGAAUUAAAGGGAAUUAGAACAGGCUUCUUGUAGAAGGUUAUGAUUUUAGCUGGGACUUAAAGGAAGCCAGGAGACAGAGUUGAGGAAGGAGAGCAUUCUAGAUAUGGGAGACAGCUACAGAAAAUGCCUGAAGCGAAGAGGUGGAGUGUCUUAUUUGUGGAACACCAAGGCAGUAGUGUCACUGGACUGACACUGAGGGUUUGGGUAUAAGGUGUAAGAAGACUGAGGUAGGAGGAGGCUAGAUUAUGAAGGACUUUGAAUGCCAAACUGAGGAUUUUGUAUUUGAUCCCAGAGGUGAUAGGGAGUCACUGGAGUUUAUUGUCAUCCCAAUGGGGAUGACAUGUUUGACUUGAUCUUUUAGAAAAAUCCCUUUGGCAGCUGAAUGGAGAAUGGACUGGAGUGGAGAGUCUUGUGAAAGGCAGAUUGACUAGUAGACCAUUACAAUAGGUGUAAGGUGUAAGGUGAUUGAGAGCCAGGGUGGUAGCAGUGUCAGGGGAGAGAAAAGAGUAUAUUCAAGAGAUGUUAGAAAGGUAAAAUUAAUGGCCUUGGUAAUAGAUUAGAGCUGGGGGAUUGAGAGAGUGAGGAGUCAAUGAUGACACCUAGUUUUUGAGCCUGGGUGACUAGGAGGGUAGUUGUAUAUUUCAUAAUAAUAGGGAACUUCCAGAGGGAGUGGAAUUUUUUUCAGAAAGACAAUGAAUUCCAUUUUGGACAUGUUGAUUUCAGAUGUCUAUAGGACAUCCAGUUUAAGAUGUCUAUUGGAGUCAAUUGGAGAUUCAAGGCUGGAGGUCAGCAGAGAGGUUAGUGUUAGAUAAAUAGAUUUGAGAAUCACCAUCGUAGAAAUGAUUAUUGAAUUCAUGGGAGCUGAUAAGAUACCCAAGUGAAAUUAUGUAGAGGGAGAAAGGAAGGCCCAAGACAGCCCGGGGGGACAACUAGGAUUAGCAGGAUUUUCUGGAUAAAGAUCCAACAAGAGACACUGAGAAGGGGAAGUCAGAUAGGUAGGAUGAGAACCAGGAUAGAAUAGUGUCAUCAAAAAAAACUAGAGAGAAGAAAAUAUCAUGGAAAAGCAGAUCAUCAAGAGUGUCAAAGGCUGCACAGAAGUCAAGAAGGAUGAGGAUUGAGAAAAAGUCUUAAGAUCUGGCAAU